AAAUUUUCUAUCGGAAUUUCAGUGGCCAACACUGAAUUUCAUAGCUUGAAUCCAAGUUGGGAAGAAAACAAUGGUUUCAGCUUCGCUUCAAUUCUGGUCUUGGAUAGCACCUACUCCUAUAUCCCACCGUUACACCCAUAAAUUUGCUUCCCUAACCUCACUCAAAUUAGCCACUCCUGUUUCUUCUACUAAUACCGUUUAUCUUCCCAAGCCUCUAGUUGUGCGUUUUGCUCUAACUGAGUCCGACUCGCCCAAAUCCAUAGAACCUGACCCUCAAACUCUUCUCCAAGAAAUUGCUGACAGUUUUGAUCUUCCUUCCGAUUACUUUUCAAAGCUUCCCGGCGAUCUUCGAUUAGACCUAAACGACGCGGCGUUCGACCUUUCAAACGGACCUGUUUUAGAUGAGUGUGGCCAAGAGUUGGGAGAGACUUUGCUGAAUCUCUCUCGAGCAUGGGAACUUGCUGACACAUCAACCUCCCACUCUUUAGUGAAAAAGCUCCCUUUGAUUGAGGCCAAGCUGACGGGUUAUGCCAAAUCAGCACUUGGAAAGCGUUUGGUAUCUGCCGGAAGAAGGUUUCAAUCAAUGGGACAGUAUGGCCAAGGUGAGCUGCAAAAGAUUGCAAAAGCAAUGAUUGCAGCUGGUAGAGUUCUGACUGCUAGUUCAACGUCAGCAGUGAUAGUUGAAGAACCCAAAGAGGAAGCUAGGGUGCUGAAAUUUGGAGAAUUGCAGGUUGAAGUAACCCCAGAUAAGGCCAAUAUUGGGGCUGUAAUUGGGUUUCUUUUUGGGAUUCUUUGUUGGCAAAUAGCGCGGGGAGUUCAAAACGUUCCUGACAGUUCAUUGCAGUAUGCAAAUGACAAUGCUUUGCUGCUUGCUAAGUCUUUAAAGGGAGCAUUGCUUGCUAUAUUCUACUCCUCAACGUUCUUGUCUGCAUUUACCUCGGUGGGACUUGUUCUACUUGGGUUACAGCUCAAAUCAAAGAAAAAUAAAGAUUGAGUUCUAGGUGUGCCCUUCCCUCAGUUUUGCUUGUAAAUGGAGUAGAUGCACGGUCUACGUUUGUGAGUAAUAAUUGUAUAUUAUUAAAGUAUAUAACUCAUCACAUGGUUGUAAAACAAUGCACAUAGUAGCAAUACUUUUGUUCAACUUGGACCUAUCUAGAUUUGGUUGAUUUUCUUUCAUCUUUCCUGCCAA